AUGCACGACCGCGCGUGGUGGGAGAGCCUGUGGAGCUGGGAGGCGUUCGCCGUCUACCUCGGGUGGUACUUCUGGUGUGUCGUCUGCGCGAUCGCGCUCCCGGGCAAGGAGGUCGACGGCGCCGAGCUGCGCAACGGCAAGCGCCUCAAGUACACGAUGAACGCCUUCUCGACCGCCAUCCUCACGCUCGCCAUGAUCGGCGCCUGGACGUUCAAGUUCGGCCCGGGCGCGCUCCUGUACAUCCCUCAUCACUGGGCUCAGCUCGUCUCGGCGGCCUUUGCCUGGAGCACUUUCCUCGCGACGUUCGUCUUCUUCCAGAGCUACAUGGGCGAGCAGAUGCUCGCGCUCGGCGGCAACACGGACAACGCGUUUUACAACUGGUUCAUCGGUCGCGGCCUCAACCCUCGCCUCGGCGACUUUGACAUCAAGUCGUUCAACGAGAUGCGCCCGGGCCUGAUCCUCUGGGUCGUGUUCGACUUGGCGUUCGUCGCGUGGCAGUACGAGCGCAUCGGGCGCGUCACCGACAGCAUGGUCCUCACCGUCGCGUUUCACGCGUGGUACGUGCUCGAUGCGGAGUUCAACGAGGCCGCCAUCUUGACGACCAUGGACAUCACGACCGACGGCUUCGGCUGGAUGCUUUCGGCGGGCGACCUCCUGUGGGUCCCGUUCACGUACGGCUACACGGCCUUCUUCCUCGCGCUCCACCCCAAGGACCUCGGCGUCACCGGGUGUGCGGGCGUCCUCGCCGUCCAGCUCGUCGGGUACUACAUCUUCCGCACGAGCAACAACGAGAAGAACGAGUUCCGCCUCGGCCGCAACCCCAAGAACCUCAAGUCGUUCCAGACCGAGCGUGGCACUCGCCUCCUCACGUCGGGCUGGUGGGGCCUGUCGCAGCACCCCAACUACAUGGGCGACUGGAUCAUGUCGUGGGCGUGGUGCCUCCCCUGCGGGUUCCAAAGCCCGCUCCCGUACUUCUACGUCAUUUACUUCGGCAUCCUGUUGUUCCACCGCCAGACUCGCGACGACGAGGCGUGCGCGCUCAAGUACAAGAAGGACUGGGAGACGUACAAGAAGCUCGUGCCGUACCGCAUCAUCCCCUACGUGUACUAG